AUGCGGUACCGUCGUCACCCCAACCGCGAGGUGGUGCGGCAGGAGGCCGCGGCGUUGGAGGCGCUGCUGGAAAAGCACGAAAGGCGGCAGGAAACGCUCGUCGCCGCGCGUGAACGGCGGCGUGAGGCGAGGAAGGAAAAUCUGCAAGUGAAGCAUUUCGGGCGCCAUUACCACACCCCGCUUGUUGUAGACGUUUUGCCUACUGAAAGUCUCGUCGGAUCACUUCGGCAUAUGAGCGGCGGCACGGUGCAUCCGGUGCUGGAACGGAUGAAGUCGCUUGAGGAACGUAACUUGAUUCCUGCGCGAAUGCGACAUAGCUACAACAAGCGGAAGAUACUCAAGCCUAAAGGUGAGUUGCGGCUUAAGAAGGAAACUUUUGGGGUUCUUCCGGAAACGACUUUUUAG